AUGGAUGAGCAGGAGCAAAUUCACGACGUAGUGCGCAAGGCCACGGUUAUUGGCAAACGUAAAACUGAGGAGCCACGGAAACAACAUCAACAACAACAUCAGAAUCGCCAUCAACGACAGCAGCAGCAGCAGCAUGAGCAACGAUAUGAUGAUACGGCAGCUGCUGAUUUGUCGCAGUUCUCAUUGGGAGACGCCGGAGGUGAGGAGAGUCCACCGCUGAUUUCUCCGGGAGCCUCCUUUCGCUCCUCCUCCCCAUCGCUCUUCACUGAAGGCAUGGAGCUUCCGAUAGUGCUGGCGUCCCACUCGACCACCGCAAGGCAGCAAAAGCAAGAAGCUCUGGACCAGCAGCAAAACGGGCACGGGGGUGGGGCCUUCCCGAUGGAUGCUCUCCGCUCUGCCUGCGAACGCAUGGGCAAAAUCCUUGACCGCCAGGAGGAGUCCUUUCGCGAGGUCGACGAGUAUGUUCGGCACAACUCCGUGCUCUCCCUUGACAAGGAACAACCGCGGUGGCCACAGAACCACCACCCCCACCACCACCAGCAGCAGCAGCAGCCGGGGGAGGAGAAGGGCGGCCGUGCUAUUGUGUGGGAACUUUCGCGGCCAUGCAGCCACAAGCGGUCACAGAUAUUGGCGGAUGAUCGCUCCAUGACGGUGUCGCCGACGUCCUUCACGCCGCGCGCCCACUCGGUCACGCUGUGCCGCCCCACCUCCAUUCCGCCCGUCUCGUUCCACGAGAUGACGCCGGAGGAGGAGGCGGAGGUGCUGGAGCAGCUCGAACAGCAGCACGCGGAGGUGGAGGAGGUGGGCUCGCCGAUGAUCGUGGGCGACAUCCCCAUGCAGCAGCCGGUGAGCGGCAACGCGGCGCAAGAUGCGUCGCCCGUGUCGUGCGUCUCCAUCUCCUCCGUCGCGUCGCCGAUGGGGGCGACCACGGCCAUGCCGCUCGCCGCCGCGUCGAUACCGUGGGCAGACAGCGUCACGGUGUCGCCACUCUCGCGGCCGCUCUCCGCGUGGUUCGAGAGCCCGCAUUCGAUGUACCUCACGCGCCGCGACACGCAUGGCGUGUCGACGACGGGGGUGUUGACGCCGACACCGUUGCAGCUCCCGCCGGGGAACGGGGUUCAGUUUCAGCUGCGCAACUCCUCCUCGUCUUCGCCGCCAAGCCGUCUCGGCCUAGACUUGUCGUCGUCGGCGUUUACGUGUAGCUUUUCUGGGGUGUUUGACGCGAGCGCUGGUCGGACACCGAAGUACUCGCAUCCCCAUACACCCAUGCAACAGCACCACAUACAGCAGCGGCAGCCUUUCUCCGUCUCGAGGCCGUUAGGCAGUUCCAGCGAAGCGAUACCGACGUACUCCGUCAGCGCAGAUUCGGCUAUUCACAGCGGGAACGAUCUGGAGAGCGGCGAGGAGAGCGUCACCGUCGCGUCACCAUCACUGGCGGACGCUGCCACUGCCCCAGCAGCAACAACAACAACAACAACAGCAGAGCCAGUCACUACUUCAUCGCCAGGCGUGGCUGCACCGCUGCCCGCUGCUCGUGUGCCGCCUGUUCACAUUAUGGGGCGGCCGCCGCCGGUGCCGCAGAGAGUUCCGUCGCCCCCCACCUCCCCGCUGCUGGGCUCCCGCUCCCCAUUGGACACGUCCUUCCACUCAGUGGAUGACGAGUAUGAGCCCUUCUUCAACGACGACGACGACGACAACAACAAGGAAGAGGGAACAUAUGGUGAUGGCAACGUCGUAGCGUUGCACCAUCACUGCAGACAGCGCCUCUUCAGCCCGUCGCUGUCGCGCUGGCGCAGCUCACGACGGAACGGCACACGUGACACGACGAAGCGACGUAAGCAUGCGGGGGACACCACGUGGGACAUGUCGUCACGGCUGCAGGAGCUGGAGCAGAUCCGAUUAACCAACCACGAGGCGCUAGAGGGGCGCGAGCUGCAAAGUAUUGCCGCUUCGGAGGUGGAUGUGACGCCAGAGACACCGCCGAUACGGGGCGGGCGGCGGCACCGGCACCGCAGCAUAUCGCAGAACGAGCUGCAGGAGAUGGAUGUAGCGCGGGUGUUCAUUCUGUCGGACAGUAAGGAUGACGACAAGGUGGACAACCACCACGGAGCUCUUCCGCACCAGCAACACCAGCAUGAGGAGGAGCAUGAGGAUGCGGAGGAGGAGGAAGAAGAAAAGGAGCAACCAAAACCGGGAGAGGUGACCACUAUGCCGCCUUCAUCACUGCUGCAGAAAGAAACACAUAGUAAGAGACGCUGCACUGUCCCCCCGCUGAAUGUGCUUCAGAUAUCGCUAGCUAUGAGAAGCCCAGGUGGUGCUGCCUCGGCUGGCGUCUGUGAAAGCAAUGACGAGAAGGAGGAAACAGUGAGCCGCCUCACUGGUCUAACCUGCGAGCGGUACGCACCCGACUCUUCACCAGCGAAGUCUGCGGCGGACAGCGACGCCGUGUCGGUGCCUGCCGACGAGGGUGCGGAGGAGAACACCCACGGGGGGAGCCCGACCAGCAGCCAUCUUUCCACGAGCGAGCGGCGGUGUUUACGCCUGAGAACACCAACGGCAACGCCACGUGUGCUGCUGAAGCGCACGCCACGCUCAACAGCGCUGCCGCGCCAGCGGGCGUUGUUGGCGCCGUGGGUGCACAACCUCCCACUACGCCGCCGCAACGAAGCGAUGAUGAGACUUGCCGCGUGUGGCAGUUCGCGCGGUAGGGGAGAGGGGCUUAUGGGUGCGUCGCCGCCGCCGCCGGCACCGGGGUAUCCUGAGGCCGAUGGCCGUGACUACACGUACCGGUCACGACGGCGGCGACGGAUUGUGGUACCGAAGCCCCCAAGUGGAAGUAGGAGCAACAGCGUUGUGCUGCGCCGCAGCAAUAGCAUAAAUAACGGGGUUACACCCGUGCCGUCACCCAUGAAGAUGACUGCCGCCGCCGCCGUGAGCAGCAGUGCCUGCACAGGAGCAGCAGCAGCAGCAGGAGGAGGAGGAGGCAGGGGAUGGCCGCACGACGGAUCAACGGCAAUGUGCCGUGAAGGCAAAGCAGGCGAUGAGCCCGUGCAUCCGCCGUCUCCGUCUGCUCAGCACAUUACAACUACCGGUACUUCGUCGUCGCCAGCAGCAACACUAGUAACAGCAUCUCUGUGUGUGUCGGUUGAGCGGCAUCGCUCACGCAGCCGGAGUCUUCGCGCGCCUGGCUGCCCAUCGUCCGGUCAUACACAACCCAAGCAAGGCAGCGUGCGACCGGCUGCUGGGAAGACGCAGCCAACACCAGGCGGCCGUCGCAAAGCGCCGAAAAACAGCAUACUGAGUGGCGGCAGCACGUUCUUCUCGCAGCCACGCGCAACGCGCCAUCCAGCCAGCAACACCACGGCGUUCGGCACCCAGCUCUUGAUGCACUCGUCCUCCUCACCAUCGUAUUUAUUGGAGAUGCAUGCACGCGGCGGUGCUGUUGCUGCUGGCUGUAGCGGCGGUAGUGUUAUUGGCUCUCUGGACGUAAGCGACGACCGCGACGAGGCGCUGUGUGUGGCACACGACGCCGCCAAGUUGCACACCCACCGGCUAUUCUCCGACGCUUCGCACAGUACCUGCAGCUCGACGCCCCCACCGCCACCGCCACCGCCGCCGCCACGCCGUUUGACUGCUGGGUUUCUCGACUGGUCACCGACGGUGUCGCCGUCACGCGCAAAGACGCAGAGCAGGCAAAGACCGGACUUUUUCUUCCCCACGGUGGCGGCACGCCCUGUGGAAUCCGCGUUGGCCCCCUCUCGCUACGCCGUUUUUGGCGACUCGGCCUUGGUGAGCGAUGUCAGUGCUGCAGGCGAGGGGCGGCGCGGUGCAGAGUUGUACGGCAAGCCCGCACUAUAUAAAGGAAUACCGGCCACGAAGAAGAAAAGAGCACAUCGUAAUAGUGGUGGUGGUACUGCUGCUGCUGCUGCCGCUGCUUCCCCAGCUACGGGGACUACACGAGGCGGCUCGUCUCCCUGGAGGAAGUCAAAGCCCUCAUCGGUGUCCCCUGUGGCUGCAACACGGUCAUACAUUGUUCAUGGUGCAGGACGGGCGAGACCUCCCGCGGCUUCUACGCCUUCAGUGUCACCAACGUUGCCGAAAAAGGCCCAACACGUCGCAUGGAGUGGCACUGCCGAAAACGCCGUCUUUCUGCACGAAUGGAGGCGGCGGCAUUGCUCAUUUACGCGGUGUGGCACCGAGCUGUGCAUAUCACCGCAACGCUUUUCACGCCUGUCAACCGCACCGUCGUGA